AUGGAAAAACAGCGCAUUAAGAAAGAAAUUGAAAAAUUGUUGAAACAUUACAUUGGCACAAGACUUCGUGAAAACAGCUUUGAUCCCACGGGAAAAAUGGAGUCAGUGGAGUCAACCUACUUCAAUGAUUUGGCACAUUAUGAUUUGGCGAUCAACGUUGCUUUGCUUUGGCUAAAUGAAGAGGAAGAUCGAGAAGUUCUGGAAAAUGAAAAAAUAGUAAUUUCACACCGUGCUAGGUCGAAAUACCCAAAUAAAAUGGAGCGAGAAGCAAUGAUACUCUCUUCCUUUGCUGGAAUUCUAAUGAGCAGUCUCCCACUAGAAGACAUUCUAAAGAUUUACAGAUAUAAGCCCUCAAUUACUCAGUUCUGUAAGACAGUUACGAGACAUGGUCAGUCAUCUAGCAUCUCCUUGCAUCCUUUUGCAAUGUUGACUGCUGCUUGUGCAGCAAAGCAUGCUACAAAACAGGAUAUCAAACCUAAAGUGGGAAAAACUGCAUCAAAGCAGAAAUUUAAGGAUCCUUCGACAGCAUUUCAAUCAGCUGACCAGCCUCAUGAUGAUUGUGGUGCUAUGCAGCAGAAUGCAGUAUGUGCAUUCAAUACAAAGAACUUUAAAGAAGAGUUGCAAUUUUGA